AGGGUCGCGACUCAAUAAAAUAGGGAGGCGCGCCGGACGGGCGGUGUUCGCGUAGCGAUCGCUGGUGACAUACGGUUGGCGUGUAAAGUAAACGACGUACGCGGCGUGAUGAGUUUGACAGCGACAACGAUCGACACUGAGUGACGCGCUUCCUCCUUCUCCUCCUCCUUUUCCUCUUCCUUCACUCCUCUCAGCGUACACCCGGAGUAAAAAAAUCCGGAGUAAAAAACGAGAGUGACCAUUCGACAUGAGACGAGAGAGAGAUGCGAUCGAGGAGAGUCCCGUGACAAAAUAAGAUCUCGCAAGGCAUUUAGGUGUAUUAUUAUGGCAGAAUGGACGAACGUAAAUUGCUACCGUUGCUGAUACUCUUUCUGACAGGAUGGCAGGAAGCAUUGGCUGUGGUACCAAUGCGGUAUGUUGCUGUGGACGUGGGUAAAGAUCUGAAACUAGCCUGUGCCGAGGAAAGUGAUCUUUUACAUUCUGAGGAAUCCAAUGUGAUGUGGAUAAGAGAGGGACGGAAGGAUGGACAGGUAGAACGGCUGAAAAUUGAGCCGAAUGGUGUGUUGGAACUGUUAAAUGUCAGUGUGGAUGAUGCCGGCAAUUAUUCAUGUACUUUGGAUGAUACUGUGAAAGCUAAGAUCAAUGUGGAAGUCAAAACACCUCCCCCAGCUCUGCACAAUGUAUGGGUCAAGCCAUCCACGAUAUUGGCCAAUAUUCUCUGGGAAGUGAAUGGUACCGGCGGAUAUCCUAUCAUAGACUUCACUGCCGAAUAUCGUUUGAAACCAGUCGCGGGUGAAGAACCGGAAGAAUGGAAGCCCAUUAUUCCGACACACAUUCCUCCAAAUUCUAGACAGAUAGAUGUGUAUCAUUUGGUGCCAAACACUACAUACUCGUUCCGAGUGUGGGCAACCAAUCAGCUAGGAAAAGGAGAGAUCGUGGAGGUCGAGGGUCACACGCAUUACAGUGUAGAAGAAUUGGAGCUCGCCCGACACCUCUUAGCCGGCGUAGAGAAUUUCGAUACACGCGUCUGGGUGGCAGCCGUAGGUAUAGUGAUGGGCACACUUAUGAUUCUUGGUUUAGGUACUUGUUACCUACUGUAUCGCGAGUGCAAGGCACCCUCGCAGCUGGAGGAGCAGGAGGUGAUUGAGCUCGUCCCCAACAUCAUUCUGAAUCCGGGAUUUUUCGACGAGCGCACCGAGCACGUACCACAAGAUGAGAACUUCAACAAUCAGACGACUACACGCCUCAACAACAACAGCGUCGUGCAACCUAGACGGCUUUAGCGUUUUUUGUUUAGCUUAGACUUGCUCCGCUCCGAAGUGAGUAAAUUGGACGUAAUUUUCUACGUCAUCUCGAACGUAAGUAAUUGAAUUUAAUCGGAAAGGCCUCGAGUUUGUCUAUAAAGAAAAAAUGAAAAACGAUGAUGGACGAAAUUGAUAGACUAAAAAACGCAAGACUAUUAGCGAUUAUGGCGAAAGGAGAAUACGUUUCGGGGAAAUUUCGGAACACUUCAGCAGUCCAUCAAUAGCUUCAAGUGCCUCGCUAGUUUCCUCGACUUUUCUCUUGCAAUCAGAGAUCGAACGAAAGAACGGCUUCUAUUCUAAAAGGGUUUUCGCAAAAACCCAUAUCUCUUUAAUGCUUUUAAGGAUUCUAAUGGGAUAUUUGUAAAAAAUUGCUAUUAUUCUUGGAAAAUUUACAAACAAUUUCAAGGAUAAAGUAAGUAGAUUUUUAUAUGUGCAGUAAUAUAGAGAAAAGUGUAAAAUAGAUAGAUUAAAGCUCAUUUUUGAGAACUUGUGGGAGUUGUAUCUAUCAAAAUAUAAUGAUAUUAAACGUUAUGAUUUUAAACUUGUAGAAACAAACGAGACUGUCGAAACAGAAGGAAUUGAGAAAAAAAAAAGAAAAUGAAAGUUCUCGAUUUUCGAUUCUCGUUCGAUCUCUGAUGUUACAACGCAACAAUGAAGUGUUCAAAACCAGAAUGUAAGACUCCACGUCAGAUUUCUUCGCGAGAGGAGGUAAUAGAUUUUUUUAGAAAUGUUUACUGCAGGACGUUCUUUGUCUUUCUCGCGUAUAGUUUCUCAAUGAGACAUACUCAAUGAUUGCUCAGUGAUCGAGCUUAAAAGGAAGUAGAACUUCUGUGAGCCAAAAGAAUUGUAGUAAGACUGUAACUUAAGAGUAUAAUUUAAAAGAAUUCAAAGAAUCACGUGAUGAUCGAACGAUAUUCAAAAAAGAGAAAGAUGUAUUUUGCACUUGUUUAUCUUUUUGAAAAAGUAACUCAAUGUGCGCGAAUGGCAUGCGAGUAUUAGGAUUGUUUUAACAUGCUCAUUUAUCAUUUAAGCAAUCGGAUCGUACAUAUAUAUUUACAUAUAUACAGUAUGACGAACUUACUGCCGUUUUUAAGGUGUGCACAAGUCGUUGAAAGAUCCUUCCUAGGAAUAUCUGCGAAAGUCUUUUUUUUUUUUAAUAAAUUUACGUUUAGAUACUCUCACUCUUUGUGUCUUUGUUAGUAUGCUGCUGCUCGUUAUGUGUGCUUCGUGGAAAAAUCUCGAGAAUUCAAUAGGAUUCAAUAGGGUAUAGACACAAGAAUAUUAUUUUAAUUCUAAUAGUAUAUAAUAUAUAUGGACUAUUGUUUUUAUAUAUAUUAGAUUUUUGUCCGUAAUAUUUUUCAUAUCUGCAUGUGACUGCUCGAGGGAUGCGCAAUAUUGCUUUAGCACACUUUUGCACCACCUUUAAUACUACCACAACUAUGUCUAUGCAGUCUACGACUCGCACGUCGUUUCGCAAAAAUCAAAUUUUCCCAAACAGUGACUAAGGAAAAGAAAGACAGACGGAUAACUCUGCAAAGCACAACUAUCAAUAGAUAUAAUAAACCGUACGAAAAGAUAAGUGACGUUCCACUUCAAUAGCAUCAUUUUCCGACGAUAUUCCGAUGUCGUUUUCUAGUUGAGAAAGAAGUCUUGUAUCUUUUAUUAACACCGUCGGAAAAUGAGGCAAUAAAGAAAUGGGUCGCCUGGUACAGCAGCCUAUAACGCGCGAAGAUUAACGUGCAUUUUGCAUCGCGUGCAAUAAUAAGAUUUUAAUAAUCACUAGCACUUAAUUAUACAUUUAAAUAAGAUGGAGAUAAAACACAUUACAUAUUUUGAAUAACGCUGUCGUACUAGACGUGAAUGAAUCUCUAUUAUAAUUGAGCAACUGGACAUGCUGCAAUACUCUCGGGACACUGUUUCGUGCGUGUGCACAAGAUUUCAAUGUUAACGUUCGAUGCGAUAAUUAACGGAUGGACGUUUGAUUCCUGCUAAUGAGAAAGAAUGUUUGAUGUAGGAGCAGCAAUCGAUUUCGAUGAAUUGUUCCUUUACAUCUGUUAUAUUUUCUCCUGUUGCUAUAAUUAACCGCUGGUCGUUUUUUACUAGGGAAAACACAACACUUUAUCUCCUAAAGUAUUUGUUAAACAAUUUGUAUAUAAUUUGUAAAAUUAUUCUAAAUAAUAAUUUAAACAUAUUCCUCUUCUUUAUAUCUCUCGACGAUCGAGAGACGUAAUGUUUCAUAAAUUAAAUUUAUUAAAUUUACUCAAAAUAUAAUGGCACACAUAUAAGUUUCAAGUCAACUGUAACGUGAUAUGAUACUUUAAUGCACGCAGGUUGUAUAAAAAUUGGUUGUGCGUUGUUACACUGAGGCUUUGGAUUUGCUUCUUCUUUUAACACAUUCUUUAAUAUACAUAUUUAUGUGUAUAAAAGAAUAGCGAUAUAAGAGUAAGCGGAUCGACAUUCAGCUUCGUACUAUGCACUCUGUGUUGUGAAUGGUAUAUAGAUAUAUAAGAAAAUAAUACAAUAAUAAUUAUGAUAAUGAUACGGAAAUACGUGUAUGUAUAUGUAUACACACACAUAUAUAUAUACAUAUAUAAUAUAUUUAUAUAAUCGAAACAUCAUGCUAUUUUAUAGGUAUAAGUAAAGACAAUUUUUUAUAUACAUUACGAUUAUGCUGAAACCUGAUGAUAAUAUUUAUCUAUAUGUCGAGAUAGACGAUGAUUCUAUACUAUGACGUGAUACUGCGUCUUGCUUUGCUGAUCGACAAAUCUCGCUCACGAAAGUUACUUGUAUAGUGCAUCCCUCUUUAAUUUACCACAGAAGAGUCGUAUUAUUUUUAUUUUUCAAAACGCUAUAUAUAUAAGAAU